CUAUUGGCGGCUACAUAGUGAUGUACCGAAGCAACAGCUUGACUUUAGAUGGUAUGAAAAAACUAAGACAUCUGUCCCACAGAUAUUGAAAACAUUCUUACAAACGUAUGGAUUUUGCUUACUUUCUUGUUACCAACAACACGAAACUACGACUCGUAUCGACCACCGGGUAACUCGCCGCAUGAUCCUUUCAGUCCCGGGUAAAGGUGACCAUUUGGUUUUCCAGAGGUGUUGAGCAAGGCGAAGGCGAGCCAGACAAAAGGUUUCAGGUCUCAGAGAUCCAGGGUAAAACAACUUGUGGAUCACAUCUAAAGAGACCGGGCACAGUUCACUCAGGGGAAAUAAUCGCUUGUCGCUCUUCUGUCUUGAUGUCACUCGCCGCUCUCAUCUGAAUUGGCGAAUAAAAGUGAAUGGAAACGCAGAUGUCUCCCGCCUGCAAUUAAAUGCUAGAACUGGAGCAGCGAGCGCUUGGCUGGCCCAGGAGAAAGAGGAAAGGAGUGUUUCGGGAGCAGAGGGUGACUACAGAGGUUGUUGGGGAUGUCUCUUUGGGUGAUCCUCCCUGUGAGCCUCCCAGCCCUCACCAUCACCGGGAUAUGGGUUGUAUAUGCCAUGGCUCUGUACAAUCAACACGUCUGCCCAGUAGAAAACUGGUUAUACAACCAGUCAUGUGAGGAGGAGCUGUACGUGCAGAGGGGGCCGACUCUGUGCUGCACACUGGACAACGUCCCCCUCAUCAGUAAGUGUGGGACUCUGCCUCCUGAGAGCUCCUUCUUCAGCCUCAUCUGCAGCACUGGAUCCUUCAUGGUGAUGGCGAUUGUGCUGCUACGCUACGCCCAUGUCAUAGAGAAGCACCAGAACUCUCUGCUCAACACGGCCAGUCUGUCCACCGGCUGGAUCUGCUCCGGCGGCCUCAUCAUUGUGGGCAACUUCCAGGUGGACAGCGCCAAGGUGCUCCAUUAUGUGGGCGCGGGCAUGGCCUUCCCCACCAGCAUGCUGUUUGUGUGCCUGCAGACGGCUCUGACCUACCGCCUGGCCAAGACCCAGAGGGAGUACGGCGUGGCCCACCUCCGCCUCACCAUGUCCCUGCUGGCCUUCACCGCCCUGGUGCUCAGUGGCAUGUUCUUCCUGCAGGAGAGCUUCGUCCUCCAGCACGCGUCGGCCAUCUUCGAGUGGGUCUUCUGCGUCAUCGUCAUGCUCUACUAUGGCACCUUUGCCUUCGAGUUCGCCGGCAUGUCUGGGGAGACCCUGAUGGUGCUGGCCAGGGGAGGGGCCCUCGGGCCAGAGGGCCAUGCGCACAAGAUAGAGGCCCUGCAGGUGGGCCCGCUGCCCCAUGCACAUCCCCAACCUCACCCGCACGAAAACAUGUCCAUGCUGUAGUCUGUAGUCCUACUUUUGAAAUUAAUUAGUUUGUUUUCUGCCACGCCCAUGUGCAAGAGAGAGACGUCCCGGCCAGCGCUACACACGCGCUGUGAUUGGAGGAAAGGGGACUAGGGUUUGAUGGAACAACCCUGAUUUCUCUGCCUCCCCCCUCCCCCCCAGGGAGGGGGUCUCCUGAUGCAUCGACUGAGACCGUGGAUAUUUAGACGUCUCUCAAGUCUCCUGAUUUGCACGCUGCUGACUGACGAACCGGAAAUGCCUUCUUUGACUAUUUUCCAUGGUUUUUAUUUUUCAUUUCUCAUUUUAUCUUCUUCUAACCAACCAGGGUAAGUAGAAGUGUAUGGUCUUCAAUCCUGUCUCAAUCACAAUUCUAUCUCAAACCUGCGUCAAGGGGCCCUUGCGAUGGUCCGUUCUGGUUUUGAGUGACCGACUGAAGCUGUUGAGAUAUGUGACGGUAUGCUGAGAUGUGUUUAGGUGACUUCUGUAGCUUAACAGGACGGGUUUUAAGGACAGCUGCAAGACAGCUUGCUAGUCCCCAGAGCUCUGGACACAACCGUUCCAACUGUGUUACACCGUUCCUCUAACACAGAUGCUACGGAAAGGAGUAGGGCGACAAAAAAUUAUGGUUGGUGUGUAAGAGUCAUGAAAACCUGUGCCUUGGGCUCUGAAGUCUGAGUAAAGGCCUGGGUUCGGUCAUCAUUCUACAGUUUGAGGAAUGGCUCACCGCUGCAGUCCAACAAUUGCGUUUCACUCCCUGCCUGACGACCUACUGAAGACCAAAACUCAAUACUUGACCCGAACUUGACUUUUUGCCUUCAUGAUUUGGGAACGCAAGAGAAUAGAUGUGAUGAUCUGACAUUUUUUUGUUUUCAGCAAUGCCACACCAAACCACCAAGUCAGACCUCCUGAAAAGUAUUUUUGUAAUGUCUGUUGUGUUUUCAUACCAGUUUAUACUGAGAUACAGGGAGGAGGUCUGCAGACCUGAAGGUAGGGACAUGUUUACAAGCCAUUGCGUCACAUUUUGGGCAUAACCGACUCCAGCAAGAGGAAAAUCACCAGUGUUUGAUUGUGUGGAUGUCCUACUUCUAAAUCCCAGCUCGGCCGACUAUAAAGACUAUAUUAGAUCCGAGCAUUUACCUUGAUGUUUUUUUUUUUUUUUUCUUUAUCGCCAGUUAGAGUUAUUAUGCCAAACCAAGUGGGUGUAAACGUAGACAUUCGCUGCCUUCGGUUCUGAGAGCUUGUGCCAAAUGACUAUCUCUGUUGUUGUUCCCACCCUCUGGCAAUAGGAGCAUUACAAACCAUGGCCAUUAUUAUACAUUACAUGGAUCCUGUGUGGUGUCGGAAGACUGGUAUCCCUUGAACCAUUUCAGUGCCUUAAUCUCAGACAGGCUUACAAGGAAGGAUUUUAUCAACACACGAAGGUAUUUACAUUUCAAAUAUAUUUAUUUUUGGUUUUUGUGUAUUCGCAGUUGCCCUUGUUGGUACUUUUUUUUUUUCGAGAGGAUACAGGAAUACAAUUUAUCGGCCCCUGCCCUUGAAAUGCCAAUAGUCAAUAUGCAAGAAUCUUUACGUGCGCUUAGCCACCACCUGAAUACAUUUGUAAAUAACUCGAAAGAAUAUUUAAAAUAAAUCUUUACAAAACAGAAUUAUAUUUUUUACUUUGUUUCGGUGGAGCUGGUACUCGUCUAAAUGUCAGUUUGAUUUACAAAACACACAGACAGACUGAACUUAACUUGAUACUAUGCAGAGUUGUAAGUUUCACUAAAUUGUUUGAAAAACUGAAAAGGCCAGCCUAAUAGUGGUUACAUAAAACUAAACUACUAAAUGUAACAAGAUGUAAUAACAUUUGCAGACAAGCGGUUCCGUUACAGCUAUUUUGUUAAACGGUCGACGGAUCAGAAAGUUAUUUUGUUGUUGUUUGUAUAUUUUAACAUGUAGAAAGUUUGAACUUGUCAUGUUUGAACUGUAAACGAUCAUUUAUUAUAGUUACACAUUCAGUGUCAAGGGAUAUUGUUAGCCUUGAGCUAAACCUUGAUAAAUCACUACAGUUACUGAGUGGGUUCUAAGUUUAAAGUUAAGCCAUCUAAUCAGAAUGUGUCUAAAUCGCCAUGUCGUGUCUUUUCACAACCGUCAUUGAAGUAUGACGUUGCCUUUUAUGAUAAGAGGAUUUAGCGUUUAACGUUCUUGCAAAUAUACACCAGAGAUUCAGUCUCUGAAUCAAGAUUCUGGGCUGUUUAUCAAGGUGCUCGCACGAACAGGGUUGUGAUGGAUUUGUGUUUUUUAAAGCAUUGAAUUUACUUGCUGGCAUUUCAUUCAAACGAUACCAACCAAAUGCUUAUUAUUGUUGAUUCAUGUUGCUAUUGAUGUUAUCAUUAUAGUUAUAAUUAAAAUUGUUAUUGUAUAUGACAUGUUUAUCUGCGUUCCACUGCCGUUAUAACAGGAGAGUCUGGUCUCUUUCUCUCGGUUUACUCCCCUACCUUUUAAACUUUGACCUUUGCACUCAGGAAGAUAUUUGACGUCACUAGCUGUAUUCAAGGAUUGGAAGCUAAUUCAAGUUUCUUUGUUUAUCUGAUAGUAUUGUUGUUGUUUUUUCCAACUUCAAUUUGUUUUUUUAUCUGAAUGGAAAGCGAAUGUGACAGGAAUGGAUGUGUUUCAUUGUAUUAUUGUUGUUGUUCUACAUGAUGUUUAAUUGCUUGUUUUACCUUUUUGGAUCCUAUAGAUGUGUAUCGUCGUUUCUGAUACGCUUUGGACAUUCCAUGUUUGCUGGUUUGGUUUUUGCUUGUUACACACAACUGUGUUUUGAUGUCUGUAUGUACUAGUCUGCCUCUGAUGCUGAUUUAGGAUUGGCAGGAGAAUUAUGUUAAAAUAAUUAAGAUCUGGAGGAAAUCUAAACAAAUCAAGAGUUUUAUCUGAAAAGCAACAAAAUAAAGAGAAGCCCUAUGUGCCUUACUUUCCUAACUAAAACCAAAGAGUUUCAACUAGUUUAUUUUGUUUCAGUUAAAGAACAAUGAAUGUUAAUUUGCCUUCAUAUUUAACAAAUAAAACUGCAAGCAAAGUUCAGAAGAACUCUCAAUUAUCUUACCUUGUGCUUUACAUAUCCUUUUUUAUUUCAUAUUUUACAGUAUAAUCAGAAAGAGAAAAUAAUACUUUUACAGAUUUAUCUUUAAAAUAUUGUUCUUUAUUGUCGAUAAUUAUAUACAUUGUUCAUUGAUCCACCAGCUGUAAUGUUUUAAGAAAAGUUAAAAGGUUCAAAGUAAACAGGUCCACGGUCACACAUUGACGUGGAGCGAGUGGUUCAUACAAUCAGCGUUUGUUGACCAUCCACAGACAUCUGCAGCUUUUGGUUUAAGACUAUUAACUCUGCCGUCAGGUGUCCCUAAAUCUAACGAGGCAAAUCUUUUGCUUUCCUGUCCUAUGGCCCAUAGCAGAAGCACGUCUGGUUCUACACUGUAGGUAUAAAAUGUAAGCAGAAGAUUGUCCAAUCUGGCUUUGCACAUGACUGAUAUGGAAAAAAAGCAGCAGCGGCAGGACUUCAAUCAAAGUCAACCUGUGCCUCCACCUUUACCAUAUGGGAGAUUUGAGAUGUGUACAUGUCUCCAAUGCUUAAGACUUCUCAGCACCAAUUAUAGCAAUCACAGAAGAUUAAGUCACAGUUUAAGUACAAACGAUCCAUAGAUAAAACAAGUGUUUCUUAUCAGAGAAUUGUAACAGUGGGACCCCAUGUUUGUCUAGCAAUGUCAUGUGGGAAGCCCUGGCAUGGAAACUAAUGCAUCAUAUUUCAUAUGUCGGGGUAAUAAUUCAUUGUUUGGUUUAGUAACAAACACAAACAGACUUCUUGACUAAGUGACCUAUUGCUGUUGUUAUUUGUAUCUUAAAUAAAAUCGUUUUUCAUACAGAGUCAAGUCUCUUUUAAGUAAAUUCAAUAACACAUGAGCUAUUUUAAGACAAACAUCAAGCCCACAGAUGAGUGGUUUGAAAAGCACCAUUUAGAGAUCAAAAGGUUUGUUUGCACCACAUUUCAGAAUUCAAAGGGGAUAUUCUCUGCUUUGGGGUUAUGUUUGCAUUUUUUAUAUUUAACAUUUAUUACUGUAGAAGUAUUCUGGCUUUUGGUGACACAAUAUUGAGUAAUCAAUGCACACACAGUUGCAUCAGUCGGGAAAAUUUGCUUUGUCUCGGCUUAACCUGAUUGAGUACGUCAAAUAUUAUGCAGAUGGAGUCCAAACCCUGACACAAGAUUAAAGCACCGCUACAGCUUACGAUACUUCCCUGCAUAUAAAUACAUUUCUGCUUUUCAGUGACCAUAAGAGAAAUGGUUUGACAAAAGGCACAAAUCUACAAGCAUUACCUGAGUUUGAAAAA